GCCCUUCUAGUUUUUAUCUGUAAUUUUAUUUCGUUCGUUUGAGAUUUGUUAAAUAUUGAACAACUUGCAAUUUAGUUGCAUCAAAAAGGAUUGAUCACAUAAAAGACUGAUGAUAUCGGCGUUGGCCUUGACAAAGUAGAGCAGAAGGAACGAUGGUCGUUUGGCGGGAAGCAGAAGUCAACUAUCUGAUUGAUUUGAUUAGAUGUCACGAUUUUGUUUGGAAUACUUCUUCGCUUGACUACAAAAAGAAGCAUAAAAGAUUCAAGUUUUGGGCAUUUGCCGCACACAAAAUAAAUGCCGCAUUUAAUCCACCGAUGCCAUUUGAUCGAAAUUGCUGUAAAAAGUGGGACAAUUUACGAACAUAUUUUCAAGGAGAAGUGAGGACUGUAAAACCAAAGAAUGAAGGCGAAACUUCGGGAACUAAUACUUGGAAAUACAGCUCGAAAAUGAGCUUCCUGCUUGAUUCCCAUUUACCGAAUGUAUCCGAAAAUACGUGCAACAGCGAAAAUUCCGUUUUUGAUACGAGAGCUAGUCUAUCGGAUUCUUAUGACGAAUCAGAAAUGGAAUCGAGCGAGCCCGCAUUAUUAUUGGGAACUUCCCUACGUUCAGCACACAUGGACAAUACAUUCGAAUCCUUCCCCGAACCCGCUCACACUGACUAUAAAAACGGGCUAGCAGAAACGUUCGAGAAUCCUUUGUUGUAUAAUUUGUCGAGUGCAAUGUCACAGCAAUUGAAUAAGGAACAUGAGUCUCCUUCCUAUUUCUUCGGCAGAUAUGUUGGUCAAUGCUUGGAUAAAUUGCAUGCGGAUUUACAAUUACAGGCAAGACAAAAAAUUAAUGAAAUAUUGUUUAAUUUUGAAAAUGCGCAAUUGCAACGCCAAUAAAAAAAUUUUUAUGAACAGUUUUAUUCAGAAUUCAAACGCCUGCAAACACAAAUUGGAAAGCAAGUAUGUUUUUAUGCAAUAAAAAUGGGGAAUAAUAUUAUUAGGAAAAACAAAUUGGAAGGGCAAUCUUAAAUUUACUGAUAUUCAAGUGACGAACGAUAUUAAAUUUAAUACAUGACUUUUUGCAA